AUGUCAACAUUCCAGGCCAAUGCUACGCGACGUCCGCCUAUCCGUCCAGCCCCACGUCGAGUGCCACAAGGCUUUUUUGAUGAUGUACAAUACAGCGGUCCCUCCUCCACUACACACCCUGAUCCACCUCUGCAUCGCCUCCGUAAUGCUUUUGCACUAUCCUGGGGAUCACAUCCACGUGCGCUUCUCGCUGGCAUUCCCUCACUCUUCCACCGUUCCCCACCCAACACCGAUGAACCAAACGAACCUCAGCAACGUCCACGGGGACCUGGUACCUCCUCUCGUCGCAGUCCUCCUGUUGUCGACGUCCCUGCACUAGAUGACAAGAAGGCAUUGUAUGUUUCUCGACGGCCGGAACGAGCUGGCGACAAAGCAAAACGCGUCGACACCUCCAAAUGGUGGGCUCGUGUUGUGUUGUUCCUUUGCUUGACAGGUCGAUUUGCACGCCAGUUGGCGAGGACUGUCUCGCUUGGAGGAGCUCAGUAUGACUUUAUCCCACAAAUUUAUCCAGUACAUUUCAUACACGUGCUUAAUGUUAUACGGACAUGCUUCUCUGAAGAAUUCCAAUGUCCAAAGGGGUCAAUCGUCCUGCAGAUUUGGUUCCUUUUCAACAUGAGGAGUUCGCUCGUUUUCGGCCGAGUCAGAAUUAGGUCUAAGGUCAAGUUGAAGUUCGGAAUCGCUGUAUAA